CCAGCAUUAAAAUCACAUUUCCCAUGACCGAGACAAAACAAUACUAGGAGUGCUGUUAAGCCUCGAUCUAGCUCAGAAGUCAAAAUCGUCCCUUUCUACUUACCCUGAGACUUGGUGCGGCAAUAUUUGUCCUUUUCCACAGUGGUUUCCUAAGACGAGGCUGCGGUGCGACCGAAGCCUGAAUUGCAACUCAUAUGAUAGAAAGUUAUUUGUAUCAUAUUCUCGAUUCUCUCCAAAGCCACACCGAUCCGCAUUACUAAUGCACUCUUUUAGACUAAUACUUUGCAAGACCAACUAUCAAUGGACCUGAAUAUAGUUCGGACUGCGGGAAAUUUGUCUGGAGUGCCGCCUCUUGCCUUUGAAGAGUGGGACGGAGACUCAGUCCUCGCUGCAAAAGACGAUAAACAAUCCACCGUGGCAAAUUCUUCUCAACCUUCUCACUCAAAUAAUUUUCCUGUUUCACACAGCUUGUACAACGCAGCAGAGUUUCCAAGUUUUGGCCCGCGAUAUGGCAUACCAGCUAGGCCCAAGGGCAACAACUUGCCAGAUCAGAAACACCUCACCAUCUCACGGAUCGAGGUCUUGGAUCCCUACGAAGAAAUACUCCGGAAGGCAGAUGCUGAUAUACAAAGUUCGUACGCGGACCAACAAAAGCCCUGCGGCGACUUGGGCGUAGAGGGCGGAUUUGAUACAUUAUUCAACAGAAUGCAAAUUUCAACUCCACCAGAAAUCACAGGAGAGAACACUCAUCAAAGAUUCAGUGAUCCAAUAUCGGCAUCCCCGCCUUUCGAAAGUUCUCAGCCUCCGUCAACAGGUUGCAUAAUAUGCACGGAACAGUUUUCCGGAACAGUCGCCCCACCUGCCUGGAUUUCUCAGGCCUGCCUCCAUAAUCCUUCUGUCUGCUGCGAAUGCCUAGCAAAGUGCAUACAAAACGAUUUGGAAACCAAAAUUUGGAAUCAAAUCAAGUGCCCAGAAUGCAGAACUUUGCUUAUAUACGAAGACAUUAAGAGGCUCGCGGACCCGGUUACCUUUUCCAGAUAUGAAGUCCUAUCCUUUCGCAGCGCUGUCAAUUCGGACGCUAACUUUGUGUGGUGUCAAAAUUGCGACUUUGGGCAAUUGCAUGACAGUGGGAUGGCCCAACCAAUUAUUCGCUGCUUAAACUGUGGUUUCAGGUCUUGUUUCAGGCACUCUGUGCCGUGGCACGAUAGGCUUACCUGCGAAGAAUAUGACGAAAUGCUUCAAAACCCUGACGGGUUUCGAAGUGCGAUAGACAUGCAGGAUGCGGCUGCUGAGAUGGCCAUUAGGUUGCAGGAGCAAGAAGACGAAAUGUUUGCCAGACAAAUAGACCAGCGCGAUAAACGUGCAGAACAAGAAAGGCAGAAACAACGGCACGAAGAAGAGCGACGGAGAGCACGCGCCGCGCAGAAAGCAGCUGCAGAGAAAGCGAAAGUGGAGCAAGAUAGAGCGAGGAAGAUGGAAGCGCUCAAAAGAAGGGCCAUGGAGGAAAAGCUGUCGGUGAAGAAAGUCCACGCUACUACCAAACCGUGUCCAGGAUGUCGAUGGCCUAUAGAGAAGAAUGCAGGCUGUUCACAUAUGACUUGCACGCAGUGCGGGCAUCAUUUCUGUUGGAACUGCAUGGCAAAUUGGUUGGGCCAUGGAUCCCGAUGCCCAAGUUGACAAUUCCACUGAUCCCUGUUUCAUGUAUUCUUCCCCGGUGUCCUGUGAAAGAUAAUAUUUGAUAUGGAUGAGUGAAGUUAAUUGAAAUUGCUGACUGAAUUCUACAAGGUAUCAAAUGUGGAGCUGAGUUCUGUUGGAGCUGUUUGAGUGACUAUGAUGGUAUUCGGCGGUUUGGUAAUUCAAGGCACAAGAAGAAUUGCGGGUUCCAUACGGACAAUCUACAAUUCUAGCUAGUGGAAAAGUCACAUAGGAUCAUGAUAUCUAUGAAUCACAUCAAUUCGCGUCGAGCUACGGCC